AACUGUUUUUUCUUAGUUUCAACCCAGAUCAGCACUGAUUCUAACAUUCUUUUUGCAAACUUUUCACUUUUCGCUGCACUCACCGUCGAGAUGCAGUGCGAGCGAGAGGCUGGCGGCGCGGCGGGCGAGCGGGACAGAGCAGAGCGGAGCGGCCAGUGCGACAGAGAGGGGGCGAGAGCGGGCGGCGGCACUUUGCUGCCACGCUUCGUCAGCUGUUCGUUAGUCGCUUUUUGCCUUUUUGUUUUUAUUUGUCGUGUGUGCGGAAGUGCAGAGCGUGGCGUUGGCGACGACGCCGGCAGAGGCGGUAGCGUCGGCAGCGGAACGCAGCGGCGUAAGUGCAAGGCCAAGCGCGUGCGAAAGAGAGGCAGUGAUGGUGGGAGAGAGAGGGAGCGCCUAGUGUGGGACAGAAACAGACUGCACGUGCGUGCCCUUGAAAACUUAACCCAGCAAUCGAGCCAAGGCAGUUGUUGCCAAGACCCCCCCCCACCAGUCCACCCAUACCCCGCACCCGCACAUUGAUAAGCCCCCUCACCGCCCCCCUCCGCCCAUUUCCGCGGGCACUUUCAAACUGUUUGCUGGCAAACAAAAGAAAGUGCACAAAUUGUUGAAAUUUUCUUAGCGAAAUCAGCAACAAACGAAUUCGAAUCUCGCACGUAAAAUGUUGCUAAGAGCCAAUGGGCAAUGGUUUUCAUUGCCACAG